AAGUAUAUAAACUGACAAAAUUCCUCUUAGAAGAAACGCAGAACUGAUUUUUGAAUUCAUUACUUCAUCUGCUUACUUCCUCUGCUAGUCAAACAGACUGACAUGGCAGCAAUGGAGAACACAUCAGAUACCACCACACCGUGGUUUCUCAAGGUUACAAGACCGGUCGACUUCCAGUCUUGUGACUGUAUAAAUGAAUCCCAGGAAGAUUUCGAUGCAUAUGUUGCCCGUCUUCUCCGGAAGGAUGAGCCCCCAACACCUGCCUCCUUCGAAAGACAGGCAGAUGGGACGGCCAUUCCCAACGCCAGCUUCAUGGAAGGGCUUUCACGAUUCAACGAUAGAGGAGGAAUAAGCAAGAUCCAAAGUGGAGGUCUAGUUCAUCUCACAGACAAUGGAGACGUUACCAACGCGACAAGUGACGACGCCCUUGUGGACUUGUUCCAUGAUGCCAGCGAUGCAGUCUCAGGUGAGAGCCUGGACAAGCUUCUGACUGACGCAUGGGCGGAGGAUCCGUUGAUUACUCUGAAGCUCAUUUUCAACUGCCGCUCGAUUCAUCUUGGUAAGAGCAACAAGGAGCUGUUUUAUCGAUGCGCAGGCUGGCUAGCGUCCAAUCAUCCGCGCACACUCCUUGCAAAUCUUCCGUGGUUGACGAGACCGAUCAUCGCAAAGAAGGCAGAGAAGAAGGAAGCAGGAGAAGGUGAUGAAGAUAUUGUUCUAGUUGAUGCUCCCGAAGAUGACACGGAUAUGUCGCGAUUCGACGUUCAACACGGUGUUUCACAUGGGUACUGGAAGGACUUGCUCAAUAUAUUGGUCCUGGCAGCCAAUGAUGAGCUCACUGUUACGGCAGAUGUCAAGGCUGUAUUCAAUGUCGACGUGCCGGCCAUUCGAAGAGCCAAGAUGAAGAGGCGUGGUCUUGAUGUUAAGCCGGCUGCGUCUGCGCCGAAGAGAAUCUCCAAGGUAGUGGCCAUGGAUGCGGCAAAUGGAACAGAGAGAAACCGAAGGGCAAAGCGACUGGAGUGCCACGCCAUCGCUCGUGAGCGUUUCGCCCAAGAUCCAUUCUACCGAUGCCUUCAUACCGCAGUCACACGACUAUUUGUGCACCAGCUUAGGGACGACUUGGCUCUACUAAGUGGAGAUGACCACAAGGCCAAGCAAGGUAUUUCCAUGUGUGCCAAGUGGGCUCCUUCGGAUGACCUUCUCCACGACCGCAAUACAGUCAUUGUCAGCUCUAUUGCGGAAGGCCUGUUCCCUCGGGACUGCUUUGGCCCUGAGCUAAAUGACAGCGAUAGCCGGACUACGUAUCUGCGACAUGCCCGUGAGAGAUACAGAAAGAGCAUCUCGACGCUGCGAAAGUACUUGGAUGUGGUCGAGCGCAAGAUUACCGCCAAGGAGCUUGACAAGAUUCGCUACCAAAAGGUACCAUCUGUGGCGAUGAACAACUACAAGGGGCUGUUUAUCGACAAGGACUUUGACCGGUUCCUGGAGUACAUCAACGCACUGUCUUCGGGGAAGACCACGACCUCUGGCGCUAUCCUGUUGCCGUCAACGCUGGUCAGUGCAGUCAGGAAGAUGAGAAGCGUACCCGACCAGUACCAGGUGAAGGGCAUGUCUCAGGCAAAGAUGAUUGAAGCCUGUAAGGCAGUUAUUGACGCGAAGCUGUUGAGUGCGCAGUGGGACACACUUGUUAAGCGGAUCAAGGAGUCUGGCAGUCUCGAGUCAUGUAUUGCUGUCUGUGAUGUCUCGGGUAGUAUGACUUGGCCCGCGAGAAGUGACGGAAGUACACCGAUGGACUCCGCGAUUGGGCUGUCCCUGCUCAUGGCCGAGGUGACAAAGGCCCCUUUUGGAGGAGGCUUCAUUACGUUUGACUACCGUCCAUCGUUCGUGCGAGUGAAGUUGAGCGAUAGCUUGAAGGAAAAGGUAGAGGUGAUGGAAAGGAGCCCGUGGGGUGGAAGCACAAAUCUUGUGUCUGCUUUUACCAAGCUGAUUCUGCCAAUGGCGAUCACAAACAAAGUCGCUCCAGAGGAUAUGGUAAAGCGCGUGUUUGUGUUUAGCGAUAUGCACUUUAACAGCGCCACGGACUCUGGCCCCUGGAAGAGCUCUUACGAGCGCAUCGUCAGCGCUUUCCAAGAGGCUGGCUAUGAGAUGCCGGAGCUUGUCUUUUGGAAUCUGGCGGAUAGCAGCACGAAUUGGGGAAACUCCAACGCCGACGAGAAGCUCGCUAAGCCCGUCACGGCGGCAGACAAGGGUACUGCGUUGGUGAGCGGCUAUUCGCAGGCGAUGCUCAAGGUGUUUAUGGAGGGUGGUGGAUUUGAAGAUGAAGAGGAGGAAGAGGAGGAGAAUACGGAGGAUAGUGAUGACGACAUGGCCAUUAUUGACAACGAGGGUAAUGAGCAGGUGAAGGAGGAGAAGAAGGAGAAGGCAGAAAAGACGAAACUGGAUCCGCUGAGUCUGGUAAAGCGAGCAGUUAGCCACAAGGCGUAUCAGAUGCUAAAGGUUGUCGAUUAAUGAUUUAGGAUAUAUAAGACACUGAUGGCGUUUCAAGUUGAAUAUAUUUACAUCAUGUACUUGUAUUUUGAGUAACAUUUCCGCCUUUGUCCCCGUUUUGACUCGUAGUCUGACCGUCUAUUACCUGCGUUGGAGCCAUGUUGUCAUCUUGAUGCGAUACCGAAGUAAGUUCUUGAGCGCUAGGUUGAUUCCAUGGCGCAACACGAUUCCGCCUUGACUCUGGAGGCCAGCCAGUGGAGCGGCCACAUCCGACACAGCAGCAGAUAAUAAACCCUAAAACGAAGGCUCCGACUACACCGCAUAAAACGCCUAUGAAUGUACCUAAGCCAUCGAGCGGAUCACGGCGCAAUAGCGGUGUUUCCAGGGACAUUGGACGUGGUAGGAAAGUAUAGAGUUGUGUGCAGGGUGCUUGAAGUGAGAGACGGAUAGUAGUGCGAUAGAUGAAUAGGUGAAGGUGCGACGCCGAUAAUAGGAUGAACAGGUUUGAGUUUGAUCUUGGGCGCGCGACCAACAAACGUCUUACUAGUAACAAUGAGCAACAGUAAUAAGGCUAUGGGUGCGCGCUGAUCUAUUGCGUGGCUUGGAAUAUCCUUGUGACGAGGCUGCCCGUUUUGCGGGGUACAACACUUGAGGGAAACGGUUAAGAGGAUAUUCCCAAUGGUGAAAAUAAGCGUUGAAACAUAGCUAUUGAAGGUAGAAUUACUAUACAAACCAUGUUGAAUGAAGAGAAUGAUGACUUGCUUGGUGUUUCCGUGCGAAAGCCCUUGACAGUCUAGCCAAACGAUGGUUACCCAGCCACUGUUGCCAGAAAUGCGAAGAAGAGAAAUGCAGUAAAUUAUUGCAAAUUACAAAAUGUUAGAAUAAAGCUAUUCGUAUUAGCUGGCCUAUAGAAAAAGCAGCUUUGUGGUCGCUGGUGACGCAUGGACUACGACAGACAACAUCAACCCAGCGUUGCCGAUCCGCUGUCGCUGUUUGGCACAUGCUUUCGGGAACAAACGAAAAAAACAAGCGCUAAAGCAGGGCCCGGAAAACGUGCCGCACAUGGCAAAACUAAUCAUCAUCGAUUGGCUCAUGCAUACUUGGCUGCGUGGUGUAAAUCCCGGGCGGCCGUUGCAAUCUAUACGGAGCCCACGGCAGAUAUGAUGUAGUACCGGUGAAGAUCACAGCUAUUCCCGGGAACCUGGCGCCAUAGGGGCUCCGGCUUGUCCGCUUUAAUGCGGAUAAUUAGCCGUGGGUUCAUGCGACGACUAUCGUAUCACAUCCAUGAGAGUGGUGAGUUGUGAUAGGGUCUUCCGGGUGCGCAGCUUCUGUGACGGCUUCUGUUUUGCCACAGCCAGCACCUAUCACCUAUCAAACAAUGCUCCAAUAAAU